CAGCAAAUGUCAAAACUAAUAAGUCCUGCUGAAUUGUUUACGUUUUGGUUCUUCAGUUUUUCCAAAACUAAUUUGCCCUUUUUACAAUGAUUUAUUUAUCAUAAACCCUUUUUAUCAUCGCACCAUGCGCUACGCAAGUGUCUGCGUAUUUUUUAGGCGAAUUAUACCUACCCACGCUGUUCUAUGUGAUAUGCUUUGCACUGCCCUAAUUUAAAUAAAUAUUCCCAAAAAAAAAGUAUGGAAGAUGCAGAGGAGACCCUGGUGCUAAACUACAUUGACGAUGAUUCAGCCUCUAUUACUAUCGAAAAAGUGGAGUCUCCCAACUUAUCAUUGUACAUGCCAAGGGGUCCCAAUAAAUUUGAUGAAAACCAGAAUUCAAGAGCCUCUAAAUUUUUUCCAAAAUCUAUACUGGCCAAACCCAAAGAGUUGGACGAUAUACCGGAUGACGAGGACGAAGGUAAAGAAUUAAUUGUAAUAUUAGAAAAGGAAGUCUUAAAACGUUCCAGCAAGAGAGCAAGCAAUAGACAGCCAAAGAACAUGGACAACCACCAGUUUGUCAUCCCAAACCCACCACCUGUACGUAAAAGGGGACGUCCAACAAAGAGCCAAAAUGUUGUAAAAAGUAAUGAUAUUUUUCCAAACAUUCCUCAAUCUAAGUCAAGAAACACCUCUUCUGAAAUGAAUAGAAAUAUAUUUGUACCAGUUGUAAAAAUAGAACCAGCUGAUCAUGAUAGCUACCCAGCUACAACUCACAUAACCAAUAACAGUCAAAUGGUCACAAGUGCAGUUGAGGAAGCUAAUGUAAAAUAUGAGACUGAUGUAGAGCAAGGCCGUAUGCAUACAGAAUUCAAGUAUGAGUCUCACAGUGAGACUGAGGAAGUAAUUAAACAAAAGCAAGCCUUAUAUAUGGCAAGUUUAACUGGUAAAUCUGUAACGAAAAUAUCUACUACAAGAAAAGAACAAAUGUUUAUUGAUAAUUUUGUACAGGCAAGUGAACCUCAACUAAGACCUAAAGAAAGAAGAAGAACCAAAGGGGUCCCAAAGUUAAGCAUUUUUAAAUGCAAACACUGCCUCUAUGUAGGGAAAUCUAGAGGAAAUCUCCAUAGGCAUAACAUGUUACAUACAGACCCUAGUCAGAUUAUUUGGUUUAAGUGUCCACAUUGUCCUUAUCAGUCGAAGUACCUUUUCCAAUUAAAAAGCCACAUGAUAUUGCAUAAAAAUCCAGAUGAAAUUGAAUAUCAUCAGUGUCCUUACUGUGAACUGAAAACUGCUAGGAAGCAUAAUUUAAAGAACCAUAUUAGGAGCAUGCAUUCUAAUUUGGAAAAUUCAUUUAAAUGCGCAUUAUGUCCUUAUUCAACCAUAUCCAAGGACCGUUUAGUGGCACACAUGAAAUCCCACUCGACAGAAGUAUUUACGUGUAAAUUGUGUAAAUUCGUCACAAAAACUCAAACAUAUUUAGACAAUCAUAUAAAAUACAUCCAUGGUACAGUAAUAAAACCUUUUAUGUGCGACACUUGCUCCUACAAAAGUAAAACUGGUAGAGAACUCGACAGGCACUACCUGAGGAUGCACAAUAAGGAUCAACUACAAGUUCACCAAUGUCAUCUGUGUUCGUUCAAUUCAAUUUACAAGAAAAAUCUGGAUUAUCAUGUGCGCCGCAUGCACGGAAACUCCGAGGGAUGUCCGAAGUUCAUUUGCGGCCAUUGCAAUAAAGAAUUCACUUAUAAAAGCGGACUGAAAGUUCAUAUUGUCCGAGUGCAUCUGAAUUUGCCCGAAGACGAAUGGCAAAAGUGCCAAGAAUGUAAAUAUAAAUCGAAAUGUUUGAUUACUUUAAAGAGGCAUAUUAAGAGAAACCAUGGGGUGCCGAGACUGCAUUGUGACCAGUGCAGUUUUGCUACAAACAGGCUAAUGUCCAUGAAGGCACAUAUUGACACCCAUAGUAAGGGAUCCAAUGGAAUUUAUAUGUGUCCCGAGUGCCCAUACAGAAUUACCCAAGGGCAGUCUUUCAUUUAUCACAUGAAAGCUACGCAUGAGCGUUUGUUAAGUGCCAAAGAUAUUUGUCAUUACUAUAUGGAAGAAAAGCCACAAAUCGAUUGAUUAGUAGUUUUCCAACUUUUUUAAGAUUUAUUUAUUCUUUUAGUUAUUUUUUUUUGGAAUUUUGCAUCUUUCAGUCUGGUUUAUUAUAUAGGGUGUUGCCGGUAUUAAGUAGCAUGGUUGUGUCAAUUUUAUCAGUAGCUUCUAAGUAACACCCUGUAUAUAAGGUUUUCUAGGUCAUAUAAAAUAGAAUGACAGUGCCUUUAAGAAUCAUUGGUAUUAAUUUUUUAUUUGUAUUUUUGUAUCUUUGCUAUCAAAUCACUUGAGGAUUUCGGAACAGCCUGUAAAAAGUGAAUUAAUGUGUAUGCCUACAAUUCCUAUAAUCGUUUUAUAGAAAAAUUGUAUUUUUUUAAGUAAAACGUGAUGUUUAAAGGUUUUGUUGAAGUUGUAUUAUUAGAAACAUUUCUUUUUUCAGUUUAUUGAGUUAUUAAGAGUUUAUUGUUUUUUUUUAAAUAUGUUUAUGUAGGUAUUAUUUUUUUCGGUAAUAAACGUUUUUUUUGUCAGUUUU